CCCCCUCUCUCUUCUAGCAUUUUUGAACCGUUGGGGUUGUUGGAGUGGUUGGAUUUUCCCUGGAAUUGAGUGAGAAAUUCAGAAGACUGAAGCCCAGGCUUACUGUCUACCUUUCACGGAGGCCUAGCCGUGAGAGGACAGAAGAAGGCACGUGGCGAAUCAUGACAGCUGACAAAGAUAAAGACAAAGACAAAGAGAAGGACCGGGACAGGGACCGGGACCGAGAGAGAGAGAAAAGAGACAAAGCAAGAGAGAGCGAGAAUGCCAGGCCUCGAAGGAGCUGUACUUUAGAAGGAGGAGCCAAAAAUUAUGCUGAGAGUGAUCACAGUGAGGAUGAAGACAAUGAUAACAACAGUGCCACCACAGAGGAGUCCACAAAGAAGAACAAAAAGAAACCACCUAAAAAAAAGUCCCGCUAUGAAAGGACAGACACUGGGGAGAUAACAUCUUACAUCACCGAGGAUGAUGUCGUCUACAGACCAGGAGACUGUGUGUAUAUCGAGAGUCGGCGACCAAACACACCGUAUUUCAUCUGCAGCAUCCAAGACUUCAAAUUGGUCCACAGCUCCCAGGCCUGUUGCAGAUCUCCAGCUCCUGCUUUGUGUGAUCCCCCAGCAUGCUCUCUGCCGGUGGCGUCACAGCCACCACAGCAUCUUUCUGAAGCCGGGAGAGGGCCUGUAGGGAGUAAGAGGGACCAUCUACUCAUGAACGUCAAAUGGUACUACCGUCAGUCUGAAGUCCCAGAUUCUGUCUAUCAGCAUUUGGUUCAGGAUCGGCAUAAUGAAAAUGACUCUGGAAGAGAGCUUGUCAUCACAGAUCCAGUCAUCAAGAACCGGGAGCUCUUCAUUUCUGAUUAUGUUGACACGUACCAUGCGGCUGCCCUGAGAGGGAAGUGUAACAUCUCCCAUUUUUCUGACAUAUUUGCUGCUCGAGAGUUUAAAGCCCGAGUGGACUCAUUUUUCUACAUAUUAGGCUACAACCCUGAGACAAGGAGGCUGAAUAGUACCCAAGGGGAAAUUCGAGUUGGUCCCAGCCAUCAGGCCAAACUUCCAGAUUUGCAACCGUUUCCUUCUCCAGAUGGUGAUACUGUGACUCCACAUGAGGAACUCGUCUGGAUGCCUGGCGUCAGUGACUGUGACCUCCUCAUGUACUUGAGGGCAGCAAGGAGCAUGGCAGCAUUUGCAGGCAUGUGUGAUGGCGGCUCGACAGAGGACGGCUGUGUCGCAGCAUCUCGGGACGACACCACUCUCAACGCACUGAACACACUACAUGAAAGCAGUUACGAUGCUGGCAAAGCCCUGCAGCGCCUGGUAAAGAAGCCUGUGCCCAAGCUGAUCGAGAAGUGCUGGACAGAGGAUGAAGUGAAACGCUUCGUUAAGGGGCUCCGGCAGUACGGCAAGAACUUCUUCAGAAUCAGAAAGGAGCUGCUUCCCAAUAAGGAAACCGGGGAACUGAUUACCUUCUAUUACUACUGGAAGAAGACACCGGAGGCAGCCAGCUCGCGUGCCCACCGCCGGCACCGCAGGCAGGCAGUGUUCAGAAGAAUUAAGACUCGCACGGCAUCCACCCCGGUCAACACACCUUCCAGACCACCUUCCAGUGAAUUCUUGGAUCUGAGUUCAGCCAGUGAGGAUGACUUUGACAGUGAAGACAGCGAGCAGGAGCUAAAGGGUCCCCCCUGCCGCCACUGCUUCACCACCACCUCCAAAGAUUGGCACCACGGGGGCCGUGAGAACAUCCUGCUCUGCACUGACUGCCGCAUCCACUUCAAGAAGUACGGUGAGCUGCCACCCAUCGAGAAGCCUGUGGACCCCCCGCCCUUCAUGUUCAAGCCUGUCAAGGAGGAGGACGAUGGGCUCAGUGGGAAGCAUAGCAUGAGGACACGGCGGAGUCGGGGCUCGGGACAGAUGUCUACACUACGCAGUGGUCGGAAGAAGCAGCCCGCCAGUCCUGAUGGCCGCGCCUCACCUAUCAAUGAAGACAUCCGGUCCAGUGGCCGGAACUCCCCCAGUGCUGCUAGCACUUCCAGCAAUGACAGCAAAGCAGAAACGGUGAAGAAGUCAGCCAAGAAGGCGAAAGAAGAGGCUGCUUCCCCUCUGAAGAGCACCAAGCGCCAGCGGGAGAAGGUGGCCUCUGACACAGAGGAGCCUGAUAGGACCACCUCCAAGAAGACAAAGACCCAGGAGAUCAGCCGCCCCAACUCUCCCUCUGAAGGUGAGGGGGAGAGUUCGGACAGUCGCAGUGUGAACGAUGAGGGCAGCAGUGACCCGAAAGACAUCGACCAGGACAAUCGCAGCACGUCCCCCAGUAUCCCCAGUCCUCAGGACAAUGAGAGUGACUCGGACUCGUCAGCACAGCAGCAGACACUGCAGGCCCAGCCCCCCUCCUUGCAGGCUCCCAGUGGGGCUGCCUCAGCUCCCUCUGCCCCUCCAGGAGCACCCCAGCUUUCUACCCCAGGGCCCACACCCUCUGCCACUGCAGUCCCUCCACAGGGCUCCCCUGCAACCUCACAGCCCCCUAACCAGACUCAACCUGCUGUAGCAGCUGCCCACACGCACAUCCAGCAGGCCCCCAGCCUGCACCCACCUCGGCUACCCUCACCUCAUCCUCCACUGCAGCCUCUGACUGCACCGCCUAGCCAGAACUCCACACAGCCUCACACCCAGCCCUCCCUGCAUGGUCAGGGCCCACCUGGCCCUCACAGCCUGCAGGCUGGAUCCCUGCUACAACACCCAGGGCCACCUCAGCCCUUUGGACUUCCUCCCCAGGCCUCCCAAGGCCAGGGCCCUCUGGGCAGCUCCCCAGCAGCUCAUCCUCAUAGCACCAUACAGCUUCCAGCCUCCCAGUCAGCACUGCAGCCCCAACAGCCCCCAAGGGAACAGCCCCUGCCUCCUGCACCCUUAGCCAUGCCCCACAUCAAACCCCCACCCACCACACCGAUUCCCCAGCUUCCAGCACCACAGGCCCACAAGCACCCACCCCACCUCUCAGGGCCCUCCCCCUUCUCGAUGAAUGCCAAUCUGCCACCACCUCCAGCCCUGAAGCCCCUCAGCUCCCUGUCCACACACCACCCUCCUUCAGCCCACCCUCCACCCUUACAGCUCAUGCCACAGAGCCAGCCCCUGCCCUCCUCCCCUGCCCAGCCUCCUGGGCUGACCCAGAGCCAGAACCUACCACCCCCUGCUUCCUCCCAUCCCCCCACCGGCCUCCACCAGGUGCCCUCCCAGUCCCCAUUCCCCCAGCACACUUUUGUGCCUGGAGGCCCCCCUCCCAUCACCCCACCCGCCUGCCCCUCCACUUCCACCCCACCUGCGGGGCCCAGCGCCUCCUCACAGCCCCCCUGCCCUGCUGCCGUUUCUUCGGGAGGCAGUGUUCCAGGGGCGCCAUCUUGCCCACUCCCUGCUGUGCAGAUCAAAGAGGAGGCUCUGGAUGAAGCAGAGGAGCCAGAGAGCCCUCCUCCACCCCCCAGGAGCCCAUCCCCUGAGCCCACUAUAGUGGACACCCCCAGUCAUGCUAGCCAGUCCGCCAGGUUCUACAAACACCUGGACCGUGGCUACAACUCGUGUGCACGAACAGACCUGUACUUCAUGCCUCUGGCUGGAUCCAAGCUAGCCAAGAAGAGGGAGGAGGCCAUUGAGAAGGCCAAACGCGAGGCUGAACAGAAGGCCCGGGAAGAACGGGAACGGGAGAAAGAGAAGGAGAAAGAGCGAGAGCGGGAGAGAGAGCGGGAACGGGAGGCAGAGCGAGCUGCUAAGGCAUCCAGCUCAGCACAUGAAGGCCGCCUUAGUGACCCUCAACUCAGUGGUCCUGGCCACAUGCGACCCUCCUUCGAGCCACCGCCGACCACAAUUGCCGCCGUGCCCCCGUACAUUGGGCCUGACACACCGGCCCUCCGGACACUGAGCGAAUACGCUCGGCCUCAUGUCAUGUCUCCCACCAACCGCAACCACCCCUUCUACAUGCCCCUUAAUCCCACUGACCCCCUGCUGGCCUACCACAUGCCUGGCCUCUACAAUGUUGACCCCACCAUCCGGGAGCGGGAGCUCCGAGAACGAGAGAUCCGGGAGCGAGAGAUCCGGGAGCGGGAAUUGCGGGAGAGGAUGAAGCCAGGCUUUGAGGUGAAGCCACCGGAGCUGGACCCCCUGCACCCAGCCACCAACCCCAUGGAGCAUUUUGCCCGGCACAGCGCCCUCACCAUCCCUCCUGCAGCUGGCCCCCACCCCUUUGCCUCUUUCCACCCGGGCUUGAACCCUUUGGAGCGGGAGAGACUGGCACUGGCAGGUCCUCAGCUACGGCCUGAGAUGAGCUACCCAGACAGACUGGCAGCUGAGCGCAUCCACGCUGAGCGCAUGGCGUCUCUCACCGGCGACCCCCUGGCCCGGCUGCAGAUGUUCAACGUCACUCCGGUUCAGCAGGCCCAGUUCACCCCUUGGUGGACCCCCUGACUGCUGGUCCUCACUUGGCGCGCUUUCCUUACCCUCCUGGCACCCUCCCCAACCCUCUACUUGGACAGCCCCCCCAUGAGCACGAGAUGCUGCGCCACCCAGUUUUCGCAGAGCGUGUUUUGUGCUUGGCAGGCACUCCCUAUCCCCGAGACCUGCCUGGGGCUAUCCCACCCCCCAUGUCAGCAGCCCACCAGCUUCAGGCCAUGCAUGCCCAGUCAGCCGAGCUACAGAGACUGGCCAUGGAGCAGCAGUGGCUGCAUGGACACCCACACAUGCACGGUGGCCACCUGCCAAGUCAGGAAGACUAUUACAGUCGACUGAAGAAAGAAGGUGACAAGCAGUUAUAAGUUAUUUAUUUGUUAAUGCUGGCUGUGGAAACCCCAGUUCUAGGGGGCAGAAACGGGACUUUACAUCCAGUAGGAGCUGCAAGAGCAAAGAGGAAUAUCGUCUAAAGAUUUCUCUAUAUAUUUAAAACCCACAACUAAAAACACAUCUGCAUAAUAGUGUUCGUUUGUUGAGAGGAUUUCCCGAGACCUAUUUGGGUCUCCCUGCAUGACAGUCCCCCAGAAACGUGGUGUGUCUUGGGUUGGACUGACCCCUAGAAAGCUUACCUGCAGUCUUGGGGUUUGGCUUUGGUUCUUUUCCUUGAUUUCCCAGUAGGUGCUAGAGUCCGCCCACACUCUUCACUGUGCGCGCAGACGCUGAGGCACGCGGGCUCUGGAACCGUGAGGUUUGCAGAGAGGCGGCAUAGGAGUUUGAAAUCCAAGAGCUAUAAUUUUUAAAAAAUCUUUUAUUUUAAUACAUUGUAGGGAAUCUUCAUAAUUUGAGACAGUUCUGCAGCAUGGCUUUUUACAUCUGUAAAUAAAUAGUUUUAGAAGCCUUUUCUUUCCUUCCACAGACGACUAUUCUGAUCUAUUUUUUCCAGCCAUGUCACAAAGUGUGAAUUCCUACCAGCUAUUGACAGAAUACAGAGUUGAUUUUUUAAUAAAAAGUUAUAUAUAAUUAUCCCUUUAAUUAAAGGGAACAGAUGGGCGUUUCUAGUUUCAAGCAGGCAGGAGCUUGGGACUAGGUUUGGUCAAAGCAGUGAGCAUCCAGGGGUUGGCAGGGACAGUGUUACAGGCUCUUUAUUUUGCUGCUUUGCUUUCACUUCUGUCUGUCUGUCCCUCGCAUGUGCAGUGGCAGGCAUGUUUGAGCAAGCCUCCUUCCUUAUUCAUAGGAGUUGAGUGUUGACGUUGUGUUCCCUGGUGUCCCCAUCGUCCUGUCUUUGGUAUGGAAAGCGCAUGUUUACCUGUCUGUGUCUGAUGACAAGUUUCCUUAGAGUUUUAUGCACAUGUUUGAUGUUGUAGAUAAAUUGUCAUAAACAGUUUAGGAAAUUCAAGAACUGAUGCAGUACACAGCACGUGCAAGACCCAGGACAUGUGCUGCCAAAGGAACAUUUAGAGACCUGUCAGUGUGCGUGUCACCAAGCCAUGCCUGCCACGGCAAGGCUGCUCCAGAGUGAGGGGCACCCUGGAGUUAACGUGAUGGAGGUCUGGCCUGUGUUGUGGGCUAUGAAGUAGGUGAUCUGCACCCUCCUGGGGAACCCUGUGUGCCCCGUGCUUCCAUCUGGAAAAAGGAACGGGAGUUGUCAUUGAAGCAGGUUCCCCUGGGAAAGCCCUCUCUAGCAGGCCCUGGGGAACAGUCCUGGGCAGAACUGACUGCCACUGAUGGGACACUUUUCUCUCCAGAGCCAAGGGUGAGAUAUCUGUGUGACCCCUCCCUUGGACCCUGAGGGCCAUUUCUACUCUCGAACGCAGUGGCUGCAUGCAUAUAGGAACAGCCAGCCAGUCACGAGGUGUGUCCUGGCCCUGUGGAGAGAAGUGGCUCACUGCUCACCUGGCAUUCACUCUGCCCCUGGCUCUGACUCAGGUGCAGCAGGCCUCAUGCUCCCUGAACCAUGCAUGGAGCAGCUAGGAUCCAUUUGUCUGUUGAAAAUGUUUGUAGGGUUUUUGUUUGAACUUUAAUUUUCUCAUUCCUUCUGCCUUAACUUUGGUUCUUCAUAGGAGGCAAGCUCAAAUUAACCUUUUAUUAUCAAACUUCUGGCCACCUCGGCAUGAAGGCAUUUGUUUUCUUCUGGGGGUGGUGACAUGCUUUCCAGAUGGUCUGCCCUGCCCUCUGGACUGAGGAAGGCCUCUUCCUCAUGAGCUCUGGCCAGGCAGGUUCUUUCUGUCCCCUGCCACCACCUCCUUCUCCCCUUGUAACUGAGUCUGCCGUUCAGUUAAGCCUUUAUCCCCUCUCGAGUACCCAUUUUCCAAAGAGAACGAGUGAAGUACUUUGAAGUCUGAACUUGAAAUCUGUCCGGAAGUGUUUCUUUGUUAGUUUUGGGUUUCUCCCCUGUCCCAAGGUGAAGCGCUGAGUUCAUGUCCUCCGUGACUGGCUAGUUUGUUCGGAGGCCCUGGACCUUCAUGGCAUCUUUGAAGCCCGCUGCUUGGCUUCCUUUUGGAUUUUCCUUCCUUUCGUUUGAAGUUUGGUUUGCUUUCUGUGUUCUGUAUGUAUCUUGUUCAGUGUCGUCUCCCUGCAGUGGAGCGAGCGGACAUUGUGAUCGCUGCGUUUCUUUAGGUCUCAGAGCUAAGUGUAUAUAUGAGUAGUUUGCCAUGAGAUAACACAGUGUAAACAGUAGACACCCAGAAAAUCGUGACUUCUGUGUUCUCUCCAUUUGAGUAUUUUGUAAUUUUUUUGAAAUAUUUGUGAACAUAAAUAAAACCAAGCUACACUACAAAA